AAAAUGAAAAAAAACGAAGUACGAUUUUUAUCUGAUGUGGAACUUUGGAAGAACGGAGAGGGGAUUAAAAGAAGAUGGUGAUGCGUUGAUGACAGAUGACGAAACCCUCGACGGACGACUGCUACUGUUGUCGGGUUCUUCGUGUUCGUUGUUAGAUCUUCUUCCUUGAAACCCACACUCCUUCCGUGUCAGCUCUACUCCUCCAAAACCCUGACCUCGUCGAUUCUUUCUGCAAGAUCUGAGGAGAUCUUAUCCAUGGACGAACACAAGGAGGAAGGCGGGCUUGCUGGUAAUUGCGAAGAGUCUGUGAAGGGAGCUUGUGAGGAAGUUGAUGUACCUGUUAAAGCUGAAACCCUAGGUGCUAAGGUUGAUGUUCAGGUGGAGGACUGUAACGGCGAUACUAAUACAACAGAGGGCUCCGAUUCUGGUGUUUGUAAUAGUGGUAACGUUGGUAAUGGAACUGGCGAAAAGACAAACGGUGGAAACAGCCAUGGUGAUGAUGAGUCGGGGACUGGGGCAAGAAGCUUAGAAGUGGAGGCUAUGGAUAAGGAUAAUUCGGUUUCUUGGGAGAGGAAGGAAGAUGUCGGGAGAGCUGAGGAGAUGGGUGUUCCUGUUGACACUGAAGCAACAAAUGCUACUGCAAAGCCAGAAACUGAUGAAUCAGAAAGAGAUGAGGUUGAAUUGAAGGGUGCUGAGUCUUGUGAUGGUGAUGAAAGAGGUGAGAAACCGGUUGCCUUAGUCGAGUCUGAAGUGACAGAUGAGAGGGAAAAUGGUGAAACUGACGCAAGUGUGGGAACGGAGAAGACAGUAACCUGUGUUGGGACUGAAGUAACUGAUGAGAAGCCAAGGUUUGAUGCUGAGGAUACCAAAAUUGUUGAUGCGGAAAUAAGUUCUGAUGCUGCAGAGAUUAUGGGGAGUGAAGAGAAAGAACCAGCUAAAAAGGGCGAUGAGGAUAAGGAAAAAAUGGAUACUGAUAACGAAAAUACGAUUACAGGGGUGAUGGACGAGAAAGCCAGUCCUUUACAUGAUGAGCAGAAAAAUCCUGAGUCCGAGACAGUAGAUGCUACGCCUUUGAAACCUGUGCAAGCUCUGGAGGAGCCUGACCAAGUGAAAAAUGGGGAAACCGCCAUGGUUGUCGAUGUGGAGGAGCUGAAAGCUCAAGAGGUUACUGCUUGCGACUACACAAAGGAUAGUUUUGCUGUAGAAACAUGUCCUGAAGAACUCACUGCUGACAUUAAUCAGAAAGAAGAAAAAGAAGAAGCCAUGGAAAUCGAUUCUGUUGAGGAGGGACAGGUGAAAGAGGUUGACAAAUUUGGCGGCUUUGCAGAGAAUGCUGGGGAGGGAUCUGAUGUUGCAAAUACAAUAGAAACCCGAGAUGUUCCCACAGGUGAAGCCAACCAGGAUGAUUCCAGUGCUGAAAAGAAGACAGAAACUGACAAAAAUUAUGUUGAGGAACAAGAUGAUAAGGAUGAUACAGCUAAAAUCAUAUCUAAAGAUUCAACAGACCCAGACAAUCUUAUUGAAGAUGCUUCCACAGGUGAAGUUGAACAAAUGGAUCAUAAUGUUCUUUUUGAUCCAAAUUCUGAUAUUGCCAACUAUAUUGAUUUCAGUGGUGUAUCAUCUUGGUCAGGCAAUAAUCAAGAAAUAAGAUCUGACACCGGGAAUGUAACUGGGGAGGAGAAUACAGAAGUUACUGGCACAGCAAAGGAAGUUGCCACACUGAAUGACCAAGAGGGUCUUAAACCUGAUAUUGAGGUACAUGGGUCAACUGUAAAUGUUCAAGAAUCAGUGUUGGACGAUUCCAAAGGUAAGGACACAACAACCAACCUCAAAUCCCGUGACCCUAACACAGUUGACGGAAUGGAAAUUGACAGAGAGGGUGGGGAUGCUGAAAAAGAACCCAAUGAAGCACAUGUUUCUCGUGCAGAAGUUUCAGCUGCUGCUGUAGAUCGUCUGGAAGACACUUCCGAUGCAAAUCUGGGUUCUUCGGUAGGUGAAGAAAACCAAGAAGAGAAAGGAACAGAAGAACAAAAAGAUAUGAUCACGGAGCAAGAGGGUGAUGCAUAUGAAGCUCCUGAUGUUGAUACGAACCAGAUGCAAGAUACAGAAAUGGCAGAGAAACUGAAGGGUUCUGAUCAUGACGAGGGGACAGAUUCCGAUACUAAAACCAAUGGUGUGAAGCGAAAGGCUGACGCCUUGGGUGAAGAUUCCUCACAAGAAGUAAGGAAGACCAUUUCGGUAGCGAAGGUGUCUGUUAGCCAGUCUCACCCCAUGAGGUCAUCCUUUAAGAUCGGUGCAUGCAUAGCCAGAGCUGCUAGCCAGAUGGCAGGUCCUCCUUCGGUUCUGAAGGGUAGUACUUUCAGUGAUGACCUCUCCGUCGACAAUUUUCUAUCACAGCUUCAGUCUGCAGCAACAGACCCUGUAAAAGAAAACGCUGUUUCCGAAAUUGCUGCUGGGUUUUUCUUAGACUACAGAAACUCAGUGAUUCCGCAACAGCCACCUCCGGAUAAAGUGAGCGGUAAAAGAGGAAGACCGUCCAAUUCUAAUAUAGGAGGGACCGAAGCAUUUGAGUUUGAGGAAAUGAGUGACACUUACUGGAAUGACAGGGUGGUCCAUAAUGGCGGGGAGGAGCAAAAACCGCCCGCUGAAAGAGGGGAUUAUCAGGUCGUGCCCGUCGAGUUGAAACCUGCUCAGAUUCAAAGGACUCGUCGGCCAUACACCAAAAGAAAGCAUGCUGAGAAUAACAACAAUAAUAACUCUGUUUCAGCCUCCAAUAAACCAGCAGGCUUUGACGAGAAUUCACCAGCUGAGCUCAUAAUGAGCUUCUCUGAAAUGGAUACGAUACCUUCGGAGGUUAAUCUGAAUAAGAUGCUUAGGCACUUUGGACCGAUAAGAGAGUCUCAAACAGAAGUAGACAGGGACACGAGCAGGGCGAGAGUGAUUUUCAGGAAGUGUGGUGAUGCUGAAGUUGCUUAUAACAGCGCGGGAAGGUUCAAUAUAUUCGGUUCAAAGGUUGUGAAUUACGAGCUAAGCUAUACAAUUACGGAACCGUUUAAGAUUCAGCCUUAUGUCGUAACCAUAGGCGAGGAGGACGGAGCACUAUGUCUUCCAUCCCAAAGUUAGGUUCUUGAGCCAUGAUUCAGUUUGCUCGUGUUUUUUUAGGGCGAAAAGGACGAGUCUAGAGGACGAGGCGGCGACGACGACUACGACUACGGGAGAAAAGAAGCUGUUUGGAUCAGAAUCGUACAAUGUAAAAGAUGGUGUAGAUCUUUCUUAGAUUUUUUGUGUACUUUUUAGGGUUUAGGGAGUUUUAGAUUUGGUGUAACCUUAAACCAAAGCAUGUUGAGUAAAAACACACUCUGUUCUGAGAGAUGUCUGAGACUUUGAUUGUGUCUUUGUUUCAUGUGGCCGUGGGCUCAUGUUUGUUCCUUGGGACCUUACUGUCUUUAUUUAUUUAGCUUUCCUUCUCUUGGUAGGAAAA